UUCCUCUGUUGUGGGCAUGCAAGUGUGUCCUGCAUUGCAGCUAAAGCUGAACAAACUAACAAUCCAGAUCUCCUGAAAUCUCUGCGGAACACACAAAAGGCAGCUGUAAUGGAUGACCCACUGUACGAAGAGGUACCAGAUCAUCCUGAAAUAAAGGUAAUCCAGCCAGCACCCACGCCUGCAGUAAUCCAGACACAAGUUCAGCCAGAGGUAACAGUAAUCCAGCCGGCUCCUCCAACUACAGUAAUACAGACACAAGUUCAGCCUGAGGUAACAGUGGUCCAGCCGGCACCUCCAACUCCAGUAAUACAGACGCAAGUUCAGCCUGAGGUAACAGUGGUCCAGCCAGAGCCCGUGCCAGCAGUGGUCCAGCCUGCAGUUCAACAAGCUGUAGUAGUAAACAGUAUGGUGUCUAAGCCUAAUCUGACAGAUAUACCUGGACAGUUCCGGUGCCCUGUCUGCCAGCUUGAUGUUGUCACGGUGAUAAGAUUCCUCACUGAUACGACAGUCGCCUGCAACCUUUUUGGAAGUCAUUGUUCUUUCACCAUUUGGCCGUGCUGUCUGGUUCCGUUUCAUUCCUGUCAUGACGUGGAACACACCUGCCCCAACUGCAAGAACGUCCUCUACAUUUACAAACGAAACUGACCACUGUCCAACUUUGUGGCACCGUCCUAUUCGAGAGCUGUAUUUUAGUGAAGUGAUGCUCGCUUUGUUUGUGACAAAGACAUUUACAGCAGUGCUCACCCCUUCUAGUCUCUUAUAGUCAUUACUUUUACUAAACGAAUGAGGACCAUGUGUUAACAGAGCCGUGUCCAUUUGGCUAGCUUUUUAUCACUGACCUACACAUACAAGAGACAUGGCCCUAUUCUGUAAUUACAGAUGACUUACAUGGGCAAAUGUAUGACCAGGAUGUGUGAUUGACAUGUAUUUUAACAAUGUUUAAUAACAUUUUUAGAUCAAUAUGGCCAAAGCAGAUUUAAUGGUAACACAUUCUAUGAAGCCAAUAUUCAUAAUCCAUUAUAAAUGCACUUAUAAUUCUGUAACUUGGUAAAAAUUCUUUGUAAGCAUAUUUAUAAACUCUAAUAAUGCUUUAAGGCUUUAAUAAUGAACUAUAAAAACUUUGGUGACUUAUAAACAUGUAGUAACACAAGUUUACCUUCUGAUUAAAUUUAAGCAGAUGAAGACCUGAGCAUAACUGGAAAGCACCUAUAAUAUAUUUUAAAAUGAUGCUAUUUUGGACUGUUUAAGUGUCUGUCAGUGGGCACCCUAUAAUAUACUGUAAUGUUUUAUAAUGGUUAAUAUGUGUUACAGGUGCUUUAGAAUUAUGUGCAGGUCAUUAUAUGUUUAAAAGGCAUAGAAAUCAAGUCUGAAACUUUGUGGUAGGCGAGUCUGAGUCAAAACCACUGUGAUAAUCAACUCCAUGUCAAGAAAAAGAAGGGGAGAAAACUGUUUCUAGUUCAUUGUACAUUGUUCAUUGUAUCAUUCACUAUGCAUAAUGCAUAUUCAUAAAUAACAUUAUAUUUUGUAAUAUAAAAUAUUAAAUAAUAUAUAGCCUGCACUCUGUCCACCUUACUCUGAGAUCGCUGAGGUACACACGAUGUUGAGACUGAGAAAAGACAGAGGCUGUUAAUUUACGGCACAUGUGUCAGGCUCCAGUCCUCGUGGGCCAAAACACUGCAGACUUCAGCUCACCGCCUCAUUAAACACACCUGAUUCAGCGCAGCAGCUAAU